AACCACCAAUAAACUCCCUUUAAAGGCUCUUCUCCUCAUGGAUAAUGCUCCUGGUCAUGACCCUGACCUUGCCAGCAAUUUGGAGUAUCAAUUUGACUUUGUGAAAGUGUUGUUUUUGCCUUCAAACACUAAUUUAUACACCAAUGAGGAAAAGGCAGAAAUAUUAGAAAAGAUACAAGCAGUUGCCAAAGAUGAGGGUAAGAAGAUGGACUCCUCACCUAUGACACUGUUUGGCUACUUCAACGAGCGAGUGAGGGCCAACCUGCACUUGGUAGUGGCCAUGUCCCCCAUAGGUGACACCUUCGGGACCAGGCUCAGGAUGUUCCCCUCCCUCAUUAACUGCUGCACUAUAGACUGGUUUACUGCAUGGCCUGAUGAUGCCUUGGAGAUGGUGGCCACAUCACUGCUGCAGGAAACUAAACUGGAGGCAUCAUUGUUGGCUCACUGUGUCACUGUCUGCAAGUAUUUCCACCACAGCAUUGAUGACCUUGCCCACAGGUUCUAUGAGCAGCUGCGGCGGAGGUACUAUGUGACAUUGUGACACCCACCUCCUACCUGG